CGAUGGCGAUCUUCUUCCUGUUGGGUUCAUUUCCUCCGCCCAGGAGGGGGCGGCUGCUCAUGUCCUGCUCUGCAUAGCAGGAGUCGCGGUAAUGCCUUGGUGCAUGGCGAAUAGUUUAGGGCUUGCUGCACGUGCCAAGAGAUGAAAACGGAAGAAGAACAGGUCGUCGCAGCUGUCGCCCCGCUGCCCAAAUUGCUCUCUGCCCUCUUCUAUGGAGCCUGCUCUUUCUUGAUCGUUCUGGUGAACAAGACGGUGCUGACUGCUUAUAGAUUUCCAUCUCCAUUGUUUCUGGGAGUUGGACAGAUGAUGACCACUAUUCUGAUCUUGUAUGUGUCAAAAUUAAAUAAAAUCAUUCACUUCCCUGAUUUUAACAAAAAUAUCCCUAAGAAGCUGUUUCCACUUCCUUUCAUCUAUGUGGGGAAUCACAUAAGUGGAUUGUCAAGCACAAGCAAGCUAAGCCUGCCAAUGUUUACAGUCCUUAGGAAGUUUACCAUUCCACUUACAUUACUGCUGGAAGUCAUAAUACUUGGGAAGCGCUAUUCAUUGAGUGUUGUGCUCAGUGUGUUUGUAAUCCUCCUUGGAGCUUUCAUAGCAGCAGGAUCUGAUCUGGCUUUCAGUUUGGAAGGCUACGCUUCUGUAUUGCUGAAUGAUAUUUUCACUGCUGCAAAUGGUGUUUACACAAAGCAAAAAAUUGACCCCAAGGAGCUGGGAAAAUAUGGAGUCAUUUUUUAUAAUGCCUGUUUUAUGGUAAUUCCUACAGUUCUCAUCAGUUUUUUCACUGGAGACUUCCAUCAGGUCUCUAAUUUUAAGCAGUGGACCAAUGUUUUAUUCAUUGGACAAUUUCUACUUUCCUGUAUCCUGGGGUUUCUUCUGAUGUAUUCUACAGUUCUUUGUAGCUACUAUAAUUCUGCCCUCACAACCACAGUGGUUGGUGCUAUCAAGAAUGUGUCCAUCGCAUAUAUCGGAAUGCUGGUUGGUGGAGACUACAUCUUUUCUGUGUUGAACUUCAUAGGGCUCAAUAUCUGCAUGGCAGGGGGACUGAGAUACUCAUUUCUAACAAUACAGGGACAGGACAGCCCUAAGCACCCAACAGAUGAAGAAAAUCUGAUAUCCAAUGCCAAGAGCUAGCAAAAUGAAGUCAUUUGAAAAGCCAGAAGGAUACCAGCUCUGGUGGUAAUCAGGCAAGCACAUGCGAGAAUGGGACCUGAAUAAGACUGAAUCUACCUCACCAUGCAUUGUGACCCAGGGUAUCAUUGGCUGGGACAGAAUAUGACAUCCAGAAAGCACUAAUUAGAUGUGCUUGAUUCUUGUGUAUCAGGAUGCAAUAACACCAUAUUUUUGUACUCGAGACAGCUAGCAGGUUAGGAGAUACUUUGCCCCCGCACAGAAAAAUUCUUGCAUUUAGCUAAAUCCAAUUUCCCCCCCUAAUUUGACAUUACACUGUCAGAAUGUUCCCAUCCAAAUCCAAUUGAUUUGCUGCUAUCUCAGUAACUGUGGAAUCUAGAAUAUAGUGCUAGCUUAAACUGUAAGAAACAUUUAGAGGUGUGCAAACAGAGUUGACAAGUUGCUUCUUUUUGCGUGAGCACACUUCCACAGACUGUUCAGAGCCUAAUGUGUCAUUCAAUCUAUAGGCAGCCAGCUGAUGCAUGUUCUUUUCUCGUGGCUCCAACCACCUCUAUAAUGGUGCACCUUGAAGUGCAGUAAAUAUGCAGAAGCCUUAUCUCCUGGAUCAACACUAGCUCUACUAUGGGAUCUUAAAAUGCACAGCUUGUAUAAUCCCAGGAAUGUCCCCACCAGCCUUUUUUGUGCACAUCCUUGUGCCCAUAACUAAGCUCUGACUGCCCUGAAAGCUCAUCUGAUACUGGAUAUGUUGUGCCUUAUGUGCCUUGAGUCAAGCAUGCACCCUUUGUAUGGAAUAAGGCUUCUUCUCUUACCAUGGCUGUUAUAUUUCCUUAAUUCUUCAUGUGAAGCUAUUACUGUCAGUGAAAUCAAAGUCAUCUGUUCUGUACUGCCCCAGAUAAAGUGGCCAGACUUCCUCUUUGGCUUAGUUGAGAGAAAGCAAUGAAUAGCCAAAAGAGCAUGAAACAUUAUGAAACAAAAAGAGAUUUUGAAGCACAUUCCCUUUUAAUGCCACACACUGCAUGGUGGUGAUGAUUGGGAUGCGCAAGUCCAGAACAUUCCUGGCACAAUAUAAAAAGAUUCCCUCUUGUUUACCAAGAACAAAAUGGCUAUUCAAAACUCAUCUGUUCGGUGGUGUUUUUCUUUUUUUAAAAUUAAUCUCUGUAUUCUGUUUAACAUUCAUUAGCCAUGAGGUGGAGCUAGAGUGAACUGUAUUCUAUGCAUGGAGGAGAUAAGAUUGUGACUCUUCUGGCACAAAUAUACUGUCUGGAAUUUAGCACAUUUACAGUUGCUGUCAAGGUUGCAAACAACUCUGUUGCAUCCUUGUUUCUGGAAGAUGCUCUUGGAUUUUUGCCUUCUGCCCAGCAGCAGCAUCCCUUUCACCCACUGUGUCAUUUGGACUUGUCCACACCCUGUGCAUAUGCACUUAAAAGUGUUUUUUCUUGCUUUAGAGGUCUGAAAUCUCUCCAUUUGCCUUGCAGCUCCUUGCACUUCAUCAGAGGUUUCUCAGCUCUCAUUAGAGGCUUUGUCUGAGUGGAAGCAUCUAGAAUAGUCUAAUUCAUACGCUCAUCUGGAUAACAAUCUAGGCCAGGCUAUCUGACUUUGUCUAGAUGGAUUGAAGCCCUUUAAUGCUUGUUCCAGUAGAUGGUAGUUGCCUCAAUCCUGUUUCUCUCCAGAUGUGAAGACACAUGUUAACAUGGUAUUGAACAGCCUUUUCCCACUUCCUGCCCUGAUUCAUUGGCUGCUAGUUGUGGAAGAGAGAGUACAAGGAAAUGAUUCCACAGCAUGUGUCUUAAUUCACUGUUGCUGAGGAGACAUGGGAGGAGAUAUGGGGAGAGCAGUGGCCCUGUAUUUCCUAUACUGUGUAACUUAGUUAAAAUAAAUUAGAACAAAAUUCACAACCCUGUAGAGAAAUGUUUUUGUGACUUUGUAAAGCAUUUGCUGUGCUUUAAUUUGUGGGAAAGGAGAAAGUCAGGGAAGGUACUUUGUUUCUAACAAAAGCGUGAUUUGUGAUAGCAGUUAACAGUUUCUGACUUUUUGCAACACUUGAAUGUUUCUUUUUUGCAUGAUUUACUUUUUAAUAUCUAUUUUAGGAUAUUCUCAUGCAUAGAAUUGACUCAUUUAAUCAGGUAGGGUAGCAUGACUACCUCCAAGGUUUUCUGUCCACAAUGCACCCAUUGAGUUCUGUUCUCAUAUCAGCAGUUAGUGUCUGCUUGGUCAUUUUUUUCACAUGUCUCUAGUUGUUUUGCAGCUAAGCGCAUUACUGAGAAAAUAAUGGUUUUGUGUUGCUGCUGUUCAGAAAAACACAUUGUAAGGUAUCAUACCUUUCUGUGGAAUAUUUAUUACAUUUUGGCAUUUAUAUCCCUCAGGGUAUAUGUUUAUUCUUUGAUGAAGGAAGAUCACAGUUUGUCUACAUUUUUUUCCUCUGAAUACAAAUCCAUUGUAGUAAAUGAUAAAACAGUUUCCAAUUGGUAUGAUGUUAAAACAGAUGCAAACAAUAACACUUGAGGAAGGUACUGCUAGAGAUGCAGGUAACUUGUAGUGCAUUCCUAAGCAGCAUUACACCCUUCUAAGUCCAUUAACUUCAGUGAACUUAAAAGAGUGUAACUUUCUAUAAUUAAGAACAUAAGAGAAGCCAUGUUGGAUCAGGCCAAUGGCCCAUCCAGUCCAACACUCCGCGGUUCAAUGUGGCCAAGUGCAAAGUAAUGCACAUUGGGGCCAAGAAUCCCAGCUACAAAUACAAGUUGAUGGGUUGUGAACUGGCAGAGACUGACCAAGAGAGAGAUCUUGGGGUUGUGGUAGAUAACUCACUGAAAAUGUCAAGACAGUGUGCGAUUGUAAUAAAAAAGGCCAACGCCAUGCUGGAAUUAUUAGGAAGGGAACUGAAAACAAAUCAGCCAGCAUCAUAAUGCCCCUGUAUAAAUCGAUGGUGUGGGCUCAUUUGGAAUACUGUGUACAAUUCUGGUCACUGCACCUCCAAAAGGAUAUUAUAGCAUUAGAAAAAGUGCAGAAAAGGGCAACUAGAAUGAUCAAAAGUUUGGAACACUUCCCUAUGAAGAAACGUUAAAAUGCUUGGGGCUCAUUAGCUUGGAGAAACGUCGACUGUGGGGUGACACGAUAGAGGUUUACAAGAUUAUGCAUGGGAUGGAGAAAGUAGAGAAAGAAGUUCUCCCUUUCUCACAAUACAAGAACUCAUGGGCAUUCAAUGAAAUUGCUGAGCAGUCAGGUUAAAACGGAUAAAAGGAAAUACACAAAGGGUGAUUAACAUGUGGAAUUCACUGCCACAGGAGGUGGUGGCAUCUACAAGCAUAGCCAGCUUCAAGAGGAGAUUGGAUAAAAAUAUGGAGCAGAGGUCCAUCAGUGGCUAUUAGCCACAGUAUGUGUGUAUAUAUAUGUGUGUGUGUGUGUGUGUGUUUAUGUAUAUGUGUGUGUGUGUGUAUAUACACACACACACACACACAUAUAUUGACCACUGUGUGACACAGAAUGUUGGACUGGAUGGGCCAUCAGCCUGAUCCAACAUGACUUCUCUUAUGUUCUUAUGAUAGAUAAAUUGGAUCUAGGCACUUUACAUUUCUGAAUCUUAAUACACCAGCAUCAUAUGACUUCAGUGAAGAGAUGACUCUCAGGCCAAUUCCGCACUAGCCUCGUCCUAGUCUCACACUUUUCUCCACUGCACUUCCAUCCAAUUUCACACAUGCUGCCAUGGGGCUGCAACUUUCUCCACCUCUUUCCCAUGGCAAGCAAGAUCCUCUGGGCGAGUCGCAGCCCUGCAGCAGCUUGUGCAAAUCGGACAGAUGCACCAUGGAGAAGAGGAGCGUGAGACUGGGACAAGGCUAGUGGGGAAUUGGUAUAACAUUUGGAGACACCUUGAAGUUUUUCUCUUGUUUCAGUUAGCCUUGCAAAACCAUAAAUGUGAAGUUUUGAACACAGUAAUCUAAGAGAGGCAUUGGAGCCAUUUCCAUUAUGCGAAUGACAAUCAAAUGUUCAAUAGCUUGAUACAUGCCAACCAGCAGAAUUAAAUGUUCCUUGGUAAUGAAGGCAGCUGCUUGUCUAAUUCUGCUUUGCCUAAUCAGGCUUACGGUAUGCCUUUUGUAAAUCCAAGAAAUCCUAUUUGUUAUUAAAAAAUUAGUUCCCCUUU